ACCUCUUCAUUUACUCAUUUGGUGAGCCCUCGUCAGAUAUGCCCAAACAUUGCUACUCCAAGACCCUAUCUUAUCAUGUUAAGUAGCACAUGGUUUUGCUCCACACCCAACCCAACACAGAAAAAAAUCCCACUUGUCACAUGGAAUGUCUUCUUUCCCUUCUAUCUGUAUAAAUGCACCACCAGUUCUCAUUGCGUAAUACUCGAACACUAUCACAUCUCCUUCAAUUACUCUCCGAAAUCUGAAGUACCCAAAAGCCUUUUCCCUUAGCCAACACCAUGGUCAAUCCGAAGAGGCUCAUCGAGAUGGUGCGCAAGUGGCAGAAGGUGGCUGCUUUAGGUAGGAGAAGAAUCACGUCGAUAGAGAACAACGGCGAUACCGCACCGGAGGCUAGUAGUACGACGAUCGCCAGCAAGGGCCAUGUCUUUGUGUACACUGCCGACGGAAACCGAUUCAUGGUUCCGCUGAAGUACUUGAGGAGUGACAUAUUUCGGGAGCUGUUCAAGAGGUCAGAGGAAGAGUUUGGAUUGCCGACCGACGGGCCGAUCAUGUUGCCGUGCGACGCGGCCUUCAUGGCCCACAUUAUCUCAUUGCUGAGGAGAAGAGUUUCUGUCGACGUGGAGAAGGCGGUGCUCGCCUCCAUCGCAGAUUACAGUCGUUGCACCGCAGUGUCUGCAGUGCUUCCUAAGCAGCAGAUCAUUGUCUAUGGCUUCUAAUGAAGCCAUUCUUUAAGAAAUUUGUGAAAUGUACAGUUGUCCUGUCCAUAUGAUUCUGGAAAUUUAGUUGGCAUUCAAAGCAAUGACCAUUUACUGCUGUA